AUGUACUUCCGCAUUUGGCAUUUAUCUGAGGGUCAUCGGCCGGGAGAGAAAAGCAGGUCUGAUGAGGACGGCCUGAUCAACGAUGAGAUAUCUUUUGUAUCCGAAAAAGUGAAUGGACGCUGGCCGGCCCAAGUGACAAUGCAACCAACUUGUCGUGAACUUUGUACUGAAAAAGCUGCGACUCAGCAAUCGUUAUACUCUAGUUUUUAUGAUCGCGGCUGUCACCCGCUCUAA